AUGUCCAGCAGGACCCGCACCCGACCCCCGACAGCCCGCACCCCCACCAAGAGAAGUCGCCCAUCGCCCGUGUCCACCGCGCCAGCCGCUCAGCCAGUCGACCGGAAAUGCAGCCAAGUGCCAAGAGUGGCAGUGACAGGGUACAUGAGAAAGUCGUCGAAGACGGUAGAGCAGAGGAUUGUGAAGAGUCAGACGGAGAGCGUGGAGAGUGUGCAAGAAGAUGUCGCGAGUUUUGGGUCGGCGAGAUACGAUAGACCGCUCGUGGGAGGGGGUGGCUGGGCAGAUAGACUGCAGCCUGUUGCUGGGCCAUCUCGCCCUACCCGCAGGGUGUCUCCCAUGCCAUCGAUACCAAUCGGCACUUUCGAAUCGCAGAAAACCGCUAUAUCGCUUGCUUCCUUGCCCGACCCUGAGCAGCUCACUAUACGAAUCGCCCUGCCCCAGGGAACGUGUUUGGAUGAGACUGAAGCGGGGAACUGGUAUGUGGCCGGAGAGGAGGUCUUGGUGGAAGCGAUGAGGAAGGAGAAGGAGGGAGUCAUGGAGCGGCGAGGCUGGAAUGGAAAAGGGAAAGGGAAGGGCAAGCCUCUCGAAGAGAAUGUGAUGUGGUUGUCGGCGCCUCUUGUCCAUCCUUGUAUAUGUUCUGUGGAAGCGUAUGCCAAUCGCUAUACCCUCGCCCACCCUCCUCCUCAACACCGCACACUUACACCUCUACCACCCCACCCGAAACCAAGCCACAUCCCGAAAGUCGGCGCCAACCUCGCAGGAUGGACACAAGGUCUUGAUAAGGAUCUGGACAUGACGCUGGACGAGAUGGAGGAGUUUGAGGAGUGCUGGACUGCCGUGCCGGCGCAGGUUGUCCCUUUGCCUGUUGUUGAGGAGACGGACGUUCAGGACGAUUGGGAGAGACUCUUGCCUGCAAGAGAUCUCAGUGCCCCUUCGCGAAUGACCUCGCCUCCGCCCCGAGCCGGAGCCACGGCAGCUGCCCAGGUUGGCGGCGAAUUGCAAGGCUCGGAAGCGUCCGUCUCGAUGGUAUUAGGUCGUGAAGAUGUGGCGAAGCGUCGCAGUGCAUGGUGGCGAGAGCAGUACGCUUCUGACCCGGUAUAUGGUCGGGUAUACAAGAUUAUCAAACCCCGUAGUCGCGAACCUCCCAUUUUUCAAAAGUAUCCACGAACCACCCCCGUGCCGACUUAUACCCCUCCCGCACAACUUUCAUCGUGGCCGUAUCAUCCCUACCACCCCGAUAUCCAUCACUAUAUCCAGAAACGACCUUGGGCUAGGGUGUGCUGGGUCAUCCCUAUCCAUGGGCCGGUACACAUACCCGGUAUCAACGAUCCUCUCGAACCUUUCGUCCCUCCUGUCUCGGCUGCAGGUGGUAGUCCAAAGAAAGCUCCCAUGAUACCGAGGCAGCUUAUCCCUUCGUCUGGUGUACUCGCACUUGACUCUGCGUCUCUGGGCGCAGAGAAGAGCGCCAGCACUAUCUACUGGACGCCCCAGCGCUUGAAAUAUUUCAUCCAACAAUGGUUGAUCCCUUCCUGGCAAGACGACACCAAGGGCCUCUUCGGGCCGCUGUCUUGGGCGGUUCAGAGUGGAAACUUGGAUUGGUGGAACCUGCGCGACGUCGGAGAAGGAAGAAGAGAAGGAGAAGGGCUGCAUGUGGAAGUGCCAGAUGGGAUAGCGGGAAAGAAGAGCGUCAAAGCAGAGAUGGGCGAUUGUCUGAGGAUCUGGUGCGAUGCUCGACGUGCGCUGUCGCUAAGGAUGGCCAUUUGCCGUACGUGGGUACCGGAGAAAGACUAUUCACAGCUCGACCCUACCUGGCCUGUACCGGAACCACCGCCAGACCCUGCGACGUUGUCGGAAGAAGAGGAUGAUUAUGAGCUGGGGACGUGGGAGGAGAAGGGUGAGUGGAUGGAGGUGCGGGAGAGGAGGAAGAAGAUGGAGGCUAGGCGUAUGAAGAUGAAAGAGGCGAGGAGGGAGGCGAGAAAGGACAGGGAGGCGAGAAAGGCGGUGAGGAAGGAGAAGAGGGAUGAGCAUACGGCAGAGAUUGAGAAGACGAGGGUGAUGUUUCUGGAGAAAGCUCGGUUGACGUUGCUAGAUGACAAGGGGCAAGUUCUUGUUGUUGCUUAG